UGAGCCGGCGCAGAAGCCACGUUUUGGUUCUCUGCGCAGACCUCAGAGACCCCACAGCGACCCAAACAACCCAAGCGACCCAAGCGACCCUCUUGUCUGGACGCAGCUUUGACCAAUCACCACCUUUGUUUAGUUUUUCUUGUGUAGAGACGAUGUUCUUGUUGUUUACAGUUGCCAGGGCAGUACAUGUGAAAUCAGAGGUUGUUUACAAGAGAAUUUGUGGUCUUUCCCCAUUUGAAGAAAAUGAUCACCGUUAAAAGCCAGCCACCUGUGGCCGGUGAAAACCUCCCCAUUACUAGUUCUAAUUGGAUAGCUUACCUGUCAUCUGCUCAAAAAUCCUGCUUAGUUGAAAACGGUGUUCGGAAAGUUCAUUAUAACUUACCCGAUGGAAAAGAAAUGGUUGAAGAAUAUAACUUACAAACAAAUGUUCUGCAGCGACGUAUGUGGAAAGUUUCUGAUACUGUAAGAGGAGAAAAGUGGAAUGUAGAGGUUGGCGACCAACUACCUCAAUUUGACAACAUUGAUUCAGUCGGGAUACAGGAAAAUUCCACUGCUCCGAUGCUGUCAAAGCGAAUUACUAAAACUAAUAUUGAAUGGAGGAUAAGGAAUCUUCCAUAUGCUCGUGAUGUGUAUUCAGUGACUGCAGAUGAUGAUGGUAUUACUGUACGAACAUCAAACAAGAAGUACUUCAAAAAGAUAACUGUGCCAGAGUUAAACAGAGUAGGGUUGCAAACUGAUGGUUCAUUGCUGAGCUUUACCCAUCAAUUCAAUACUCUUAUUAUUACAUACAAGAAACCUCCAAAGGUCUUGGAAAUGGAAGCAAAAGUGUUAGAGAUGGUGAAAACAAUCUCUCCUACUAAAAUACCUGAUAUAAAAAAUGCCCCUGAUCAGUGUAAACCUAGUUAAGUGCAAUGCUCCUACUUCAUAAUUUAUUGCCCAAAACCACAUUGUUUCUCAUGCCAGAUUUGUCAACAUUGUAAAUAUUUUUAAAAUACUGAAACACCCUCUGUGAAAUAAUAAUAUACCACAUGUAUAAAAUA